UUAGGAGGGUGGAAAGGGAAAGUUCGUAUUGCCCUCGUGCCUGCGCUUUGCACCUUAUUAUUGGCGGUACUGACCAAUCGCCGGAGCUUAACGCCUUAACGCCUGCGUGGUUUUGCAGUUCAUUCUCCGUAUAGAGCAGGUACGAGGUACAUUGAAUAGUAGCCUAUUUUGUUAUUUUGUACCUAUCUAUUCCUAUUUUCAGUUAACUGCACUGCUGUGCCAGUGUACUAUACGUACUGAACGGUGGACAGUCUGACAGUGGACAGGACAGCACCUGCAUCAGGGUUCACUUUCAGAUCCAGAGUUAUCGAAUUAUUCCAUGUUUCCCAUUCCCAUUUAACCUUUCUAAUGAAUCUUUUCCAAAUACAUACAUUUCUACUACCAUUUGCAGUGAGACUGCGCUGCAUUGCUAUGAUACCCUAUUUUUAUAUCUAAUCGGGAUAUUAUUGGUUGGUUUAUUUUGCUGUUGCGACAGAGAAGGGUAUAUCGCCUUUCCCCGAAACCGUUUGACGUCACGGGCCUCCUUGUGCCUGGUUGGGUAGGGUUCUUCUCGAAUCGGUUGAGCCGGUAAACGGUUGAUUACCGACCCUUCGCGCUGCUUCCCUCCUGUGCGUCCGCCGACGAGAAGACAAGAUGGCGCAAUUGAGUCCGGAUUUACAGCAGAAAUUAAACGAAUUGGAGAGGGAGUUGCAGGAAGGCGAUAUUACGGAAAAGGGCUUUCAAAAACGACGAACCCAACUCCUCUCGCAAUAUAUCGAGCCCAGUUCUUUAACUAGCGCGACCGGAGGUCUACGAAUACAUACGGUCGAUGAUAGCCCCCCCAAUACAAGCGGUGGGCACAGGAAUGCCGCAUACACUGCUUUAAAUACCGCCAACCCCGACCCCGACGAUACAUAUUCCCCUUCCACGAUUACAUCCCCCGUAGAUUGGCGGCCCCAAUCAUCCGGUCCCUCCCAUGGCAUUGAGCAUCCAGCCGGCUUGAUGCGGCCAGGUGGCCCUUUGGCCGAAUCUCGUCCGACAUUAACCCAACGUGAUUCACUAUUCCUAAAUCCCACCGCUGGCUAUGCACAAAAUGUAGGAUCUGACCCCCCUACAAGGUCCGGGACGAUGGUGUCAGGGGACUAUGCUUUCAAGCCAGAGAAUCAAGGAGGAUAUGGGCCGCAGCCACCACAGCAACAUGCCUAUGAUAGCCGGACUGGGACUAUGCUAGAUUCUCAGGUUUAUUUCUCUGAUUUCGCUGGUCAACAGUCUUAUGAACAAGGUCCCAGCGGUGAGUAUGGAGGAGGAGCUCACAGAUACUCCUCUAGCGAUGCGUUCUCACCUACUGCUGCUAUGGCUCCGCCUAUGCUUACCGCAAACGAUCUUCCUCCCCCAGAGGCGCUAGAAUACCAGAUGCCCCUAGAACCGCGAGAAGUACCCUUUGCCAUCCACGAUCCGCACGACGAACAUACGGCUAUGUCCACAUUUGACAAUAUUGCCGCCGUGCUGAGACACAGGGGACGCACUACCGGAAAACUUCCGGCCUACUGGGUGCUUGAUAGUAAAGGCAAGGAGAUAGCGUCUAUUACCUGGGACAAGCUAGCAGCCCGAGCUGAGAAAGUAGCUCAGGUCAUUCGAGACAAGAGCUCGCUAUAUCGUGGCGAUCGCGUUGCUCUCAUUUAUAGGGAUACUGAGAUUAUUGACUUCGCGAUAGCACUAUUAGGCUGCUUCAUUGCGGGCGUUGUGGCUGUUCCUAUCAAUGACUUGCAAGACUAUGCGAAACUCAACCUCAUCUUAACUUCCACGCAGGCGCAUCUAGCACUCACUACCGACAACAAUUUGAAGUCUUUCCAACGUGAUAUUACCACGCAAAAAUUAAACUGGCCCAAAGGAGUCGAGUGGUGGAAGACUAAUGAAUUUGGAAGCUACCAUCCCAAGAAGAAGGAUGACGUGCCUCCAUUAUCCGUCCCAGACCUGGCGUAUAUCGAAUUCUCUAGGGCGCCAACGGGAGAUGUUCGGGGUGUAGUGUUAAGCCAUCGCACGAUAAUGCACCAGAUGGCUUGUCUCAGCGCUAUAGUUCAGGGCGUUCCUAGUGGACAAGGCGACACAUUCAAUCGCGCUCUUCGCGACAAGAAUGGACGUCUGAUAGGAGGAGGCGCUAGCAGCGAAAUCCUUCUGUCAUACCUCGACCCCCGCCAAGGCAUCGGAAUGAUCUUGGGCGUCCUUCUUAACGUCUAUAGUGGCCAUACAACUGUGUGGGUAGAGAAUAAAGCGGUGAACUCGCCUGGUCUUUACGCUCAUCUAAUCACUAAAUACAAGGCUACGCUAAUGAUCGCCGACUAUCCUGGUCUGAGAACCGCGGCCUUUAAUUACCAGCAAGACCCCAUGACGACACGAAAUUUCAAAAAGGGCAUGGAGCCGAAUUUCCAACAUGUUAAGCUUUGUCUUAUCGACACAUUAACGGUCGAUAGCGAGUUUCACGAGGUGCUAGCUGAUCGAUGGUUGCGCCCCUUACGAAACCCCAGAGCUAGAGAAGUCGUUGCACCCAUGCUUUGCUUGCCUGAGCAUGGUGGCAUGGUUAUUAGUGUCCGAGAUUGGCUAGGUGGCGAAGAGCGCAUGGGAUGUCCCCUGAAACUCGAUAUUGAUGCCGAAUCAGGCUCAGAAACCGGCAAGGAGGACGAAAAGGACAAAGAUAAAGACAAGGAGAAGACGACUCCUUCAAAUGGCUUCGGAAGUCUUCUCGGGGGUGGCACGACCACGACAAAAGAGCAGGAUGCUAAGGUCGAACUCGGUGAAGUCUUGCUAGACCGAGAGGCGCUGAAGAUAAAUGAAGUGGUUGUAGUUGCUAUCGGCGACGAAGCUCGAAAGAGAGCGAGCACCGAGCAGGGAACUGUUCGAGUCGGUGCUUUUGGAUACCCUAUUCCUGAUGCCACACUCGCUAUUGUUGACCCCGAAACGGGACUGCUUUCAACACCCCAUUCGAUAGGAGAGAUAUGGGUCGAUUCGCCGUCUCUAUCCGGAGGUUUCUGGGCGCUGCCCAAGCACACAGAGCAAAUAUUCCAUGCCAGACCCUACAAAUUCGACCCAGGAGACCCAACACCCACACCUGUCGAACCAGAGUUUCUCAGGACUGGUCUUCUCGGGACGAUUAUUGAAGGCAAAAUAUUUGUGCUCGGGUUGUACGAAGAUCGGAUACGACAGAAAGUUGAGUGGGUCGAACAUGGCCACGAAAUCGCAGAGCACCGAUAUUUCUUUGUGCAACAUAUUGUUGUCAGCAUUCUGCGGAACCUGAAUAAGCAGGUAUUUGACUGUUCCGCAUUUGAUGUCUUCGUCAACGAUGAGCAUUUGCCGAUAGUGGUGUUGGAAUCAUCGGCAGCUUCAACAGCUCCAGCAACGUCAGGUGGUCCGCCUAGGCAGCUAGACACCGCGUUGUUAGAUACGCUCUCCGAACGGUGUAUGGAUGUCCUCAUGCAAGAGCAUCAUCUCAGAGUAUACUGCGUUAUGAUUACAGCGCCAAAUUCCUUACCGCGUGUGACCAAGAACGGUCGACGAGAAAUAGGGAACAUGUUGUGCCGUAGAGAAUUCGACCUUGGUAACUUGCCUUGUGUCCAUGUUAAAUUUGGCGUGGAGCAUGCUGUCUUGAAUCUGCCUAUCGGUGUGGACCCCAUGGGCGGCAUAUGGUCAAAUACGGCAUCCGACGCCCGGGCCGAUUUCCUUGGUCCCGCGGACAAGCAGUAUUCUGGUAUCGACAGACGCGAAGUUGUCAUCGACGACCGUACAUCUACACCACUAAAUAAUUUUUCCAGCAUCACAGAUCUUAUACAAUGGCGAGUGGCACGACAGCCGGAAGAGCUAGCCAUCUGCACCAUAGAUGGAAGAGGCAAAGAAGGGAAAGGCAUUACAUGGAAGAAGUUUGAUACAAAAGUGGCUGCGGUAGCUGUGUAUCUCCGUAACAAGGCAAAGAUACGGCCCCGCGAUCACGUCAUGCUCAUGUAUACACACUCCGAAGAGUACGUAUUUGCUGUUCACGCAUGCAUAAACCUCGGUGCUGUGAUCAUCCCCACUGCGCCCAUGGAUGAGCGACGACUAAACGAGGAUGUGCCUGCCUUCCUUCAUCUCAUCAACGAUUAUGGCGUUAAGGCUGUUCUGGUCAACAGUGAGGUAGAUCACCUGCUCAAGUCAAAAGCCGUCUCCCAGCACGUCAAACAAUCAGCUCAAUUCCUCAAGAUUAGCGUCCCCAACGUAUACAACACCACCAAACCCCCGAAGCAAAACAAUGGACUUCGUGACCUCGGUAUCACUAUAGAUCCUGCCUGGAUCCAGCCUGGAUAUCCGGUAAUUAUAUGGGCGUACUGGACACCAGACCAACGCAGGAUAUCUGUGCAGCUUGGCCACGACACAAUACUGGGGAUGUGCAAGGUUCAAAAGGAAACCUGUCAGAUGACAAGCUCCAGACCAGUCCUCGGCUGCGUCAGAAGCACUUCGGGCUUGGGUUUUAUUCAUUCAUGUCUAAUGGGUAUCUACAUAGGUACACCUACCUACUUACUCUCGCCCGUAGAAUUUGCCCAAAGUCCUAUGUCACUCUUCUUAACCCUUAGUCGAUACAAGAUAAAGGAUACAUACGCGACACCACAGAUGCUCGACCAUGCCAUAAAUUCAAUGAUUGGCAAAGGUUUCACGAUGCAUGAGUUAAAGAACAUGAUGAUAUCAGCCGAGUCUAGGCCACGUGUCGACGUAUUCCAAAGGGUCAGAGUUCAUUUCGCGGCUACUGGCCUCGACAGGACGGCUAUAAAUACGGUUUACUCACAUGUACUAAACCCGAUGAUUGCAUCGCGAUCAUAUAUGUGUAUCGAGCCAAUUGAGCUUUACCUCGACCAGCGAGCUCUUCGUAGGGGGUUAAUUGUUCCUGUCGACCCCGAAGCAGAACCAAAAGGCCUAUGCCUCCAAGACUCCGGCAUGGUCCCUGUCUCGACACAAAUCGCCAUCGUCAACCCCGAAAGUCGACUUCUUUGCACCGAUGGGGAGUACGGUGAAAUCUGGGUCGACUCAGAAGCGUGCGUGAAAGCGUUCUAUGGGUCCAGAGAUCCCUUUGACGCUGAACGUUUUGAUGGCCGUACUAUCGAUGGCGACCCCAACAUCAGCUACGUCCGGACCGGUGAUCUAGGAUUCCUGCAUAACGUCAGUCGUCCAAUAGGACCGGGUGGGGCUCAAGUGGACAUGCAAGUCCUUUUCGUAUUAGGAAAUAUUGGCGAGACUUUCGAGAUUAACGGUUUAAGCCACUUCCCUAUGGAUAUAGAGGCCUCAGUUGAGAAAUCUCACCGAAACAUCGUACCCGGUGGCUGCGCUGUCUUCCAAGCGGGUGGUCUCGUCGUCGUCCUUGUCGAAGUAUCACGCAAGGCGUAUCUCGCGUCUAUCGUUCCAGUUAUCGUGAACGCUAUCCUAAAUGAACACCAGAUAGUUAUUGACAUAGUUGCCUUUGUGAACAAGGGUGACUUCCCUCGCAGCCGUCUCGGCGAGAAGCAACGUGGCAAGAUCCUAGCUAGUUGGGUUACUAGGAAAAUGCGCACAGUUGCUCAAUUCGCGAUCCGCGAUGCAGAUUCCGGUAGUGUGGAAGGUGGUGACGGCACAGGCGAAAACCACCGUGCUAGUGUGGGUAGUGUACGAAGCAGCAACGCACCGGGCGCUAGUUCGUUGAGGAACGUGGAACAUGCGCCACAGAUACUGGAACAGGAAGAGUUGGAUCACCAAAUGAAUAAGAUGUCAGCUCUUCCUCAACCAGCCGAACUUGCCGCUUAUAAUGAGAGAUAUAUGACUGCGACGCCGACCAUGGACAACUCUAUACCUCGACUAGGUACAAACAGUGGCCGCGAGUACGCCAACAUUAACCAAUACGGCGUCGGCGUUGCUGGGCCUUCAAGACAACAACAACCUCUUCCCCCACAGAUCCGCCUUCCCAGUGUUGACGGGCGCGAAAUGCCGAGUGACGAUAUGUGGGCUCACGAGGUCGGAGGCAUGGGUCACGGACAACCUUCGGUUGAGGAGGACGAAUGGCAACGCGAUGCCCUCAUGCACAUGAACUUAGCAGGUCAAAUGCCGAGGCAGGACUAGUGGUCUACUGCUUUGGAGCGGAGGGCUUUUUAUAUAGGGGUAAGAGGCAACGCCGCGCGAGACCAUACCUCGGUUCGACAGCCUCGAUGAUUUGAUGUGUGACUUAGGUAAUUAAACAGGCGUUGGAGUCGUACUUGGUAUAUUUUAAAUGGGCUGCUUGUUCAGUUUUUAUUGUUGUUAUUGUUAUCGUUACUUGAUUCCAAUCAUGGGGUCAGGAUAAUUAUGCUUUGUGUUUUUUAAAAACAGCGUCGAGUCAAAAUGUCUUUUUUUUUUCCCUGUGCUGUGUUGAGAUUUGUGGUGUGGAAGCGUUUUAAAUAGCGCAUUUCGUGUGUACCGCGAAAAGUUGAGAGGAGGCUGUGGUGGUUGAAAUAUUGAUAUCCUGAUUAAGUCAUUUAUGAUGCAUUGCAUUGGGUUUAGUUUGUAUUUACGUGAUAAGAUCGCAAGUAUUGUUUGAUAUUCGUAUUUUGAGUAUUCAUCUGACUUCAUUGCCUUAUUUUGCGAAGCAUUUUCGUUGCUAGAACUCUUGCAAAACUGAUUCUCUUUACUCAAAGAUGAGUGCAUUAAAAUACGUUUAGAGCGGACAUAGACCAAUCACUUACUGAUCCUGUUUUACUUUCAUAGACAUAGAUAGAAUAUAG